AUGGGAAAACUGCGGCGUCAAACUCGGCCAAAGGCCAAACGCAGCCGUCGUGAAGGCAACAAACCCCCAAAGACAAUGCCGAAGGCUCUACGGGUGAAGCUCAAAGGUAUCGCAUAUUCUAAGACGGUGCAUGGUUUCGUUCCUGAAGACAGUUCCACGACUUAUGAGCAAACCGGCCUCUACGUUCCGAUCGACGUGCGUACAGCCGUCGAACUAGAGUCACAGGAUACAUCCGAUGCACGGAAACAAGCAGUGGCUCAAAAGGAUGCUCGUGAUCGACGCAAGGCCCGGGACCUACUUCUCAGGGAAUUUCCAAACAUGCCCAAAUCUGAUCUCAAUGCGGUUCUUAACCAUGCCUUUUUAAAGGGGUCCAGGCGAGUCGGCAAGAGUGGGAAGAUCGCGAGCGAAGAGGAGAAAGUCCGGCUGGCUAUCGAGGCGCAUAUCAGGCAUGUCCAUACAGAAUAUGACGCCAUGAUCAAGCGAGGUAUGACCAGGGAGAGAGCGAGGGAGAACAUCUGGGGGGAGGUUGUCACCUUGAGGGAUUCGUGGAAGAAAUGA